UUGAAUGACCUGAAAAUGGAUCCAUCUUCCCCUGUGCUACCAGCAACCAUUUUAGAACAAACUGCCUUGCGGCUAGGAUGCAGUCCAGCAGACAAGAAACUGGCUUUUCACUUAGAUGAAGAAGAUGAGUUAAAGCAUCUUCGUGAAUGCUUCUGCAUCCCAAAAGUCAAGGAUCUGCCUCCAACUGACCUGACCCUGGUGAAUGGAGAUGAGAGCUGCAUAUACUUCGCUGGCAAUUCUCUUGGGCUCCAGCCAAAACGAGUGAAAACUUACCUGGAUGAGGAACUGGGCAAGUGGGCUCGAACAGGUGUUCAUGGCCAUUUCAAUGGUCAGCGCCCAUGGGCUUUGGCAGAUGAGUGCAUCGUGGACCUGAUGGCUGAUCUGGUUGGAGCCCAAAGACAUGAAGUAGCCUUAAUGAAUGGGCUAACUGUUAAUUUGCACCUCCAGAUGCUAUCUUUCUUUAAACCUACUCCAAGACGCUAUAAAAUUCUUCUAGAAGCCAGAGCCUUUCCCUCUGACCACUAUGCUGUUGAGUCCCAGCUUCGGCUUCAUGGACUUGAUGUGGAGAAAUGCAUGCUCAUGAUGCAGCCACGAGAGGGGGAGGAGACCUUGAGGAUUGAAGACAUCCUUUCUGUAAUUGAGAAGGAAGGGGACUCUAUUGCUGUUGUUCUGUUCAGUGGGGUGCAGUACUACACGGGCCAGCUGUUUGACAUCCCCAGAAUUACAAAGGCUGGCCAAGAAAAGGUCUCUCAGAUAAAUCAAAAUUACAGUGUAUUGUGUGAGAGACUCAUCAGCACGCUGAAGAGGAUCAUAUUAAACAUCUCUUUCCUGCAGGGUUGCUUUGUUGGAUUUGAUCUGGCUCAUGCUGUUGGGAACGUAGAUCUUCAUUUGCAUGACUGGGGAGUAGAUUUUGCCUGCUGGUGCUCCUACAAGUAUUUAAAUUCUGGAGCAGGAGGCCUAGCUGCUGCCUACAUUCAUGAGAAGCAUUCCCAGAGUAUUAAACCAGCGUUAAUUGGCUGGUGGGGUCAUGACUUCAAAACACGAUUCCUCAUGGAAAACAAAUUACAACUAAGCGAAGGAAUUAAUGGAUUUCGGUUAUCAAAUCCUCCAAUUUUACUGGUCUGUGCUCUGCAAGCUAGUUUAGAGGUUUUUGGUCAAGCUAGAAUGAAAGCACUGAGAAGAAAAUCUAUUCUGCUUACUGGCUACUUGGAAUACCUGAUAAAACAUUACUACAGUGAGGAUAAAACAAAUCCAGAGAAGCCCUUUGUAAAAAUAAUCACACCACCUCGGGUUGAGGAAAGAGGAUGCCAACUCACAUUAUCUUUUUCCCUUCCAAUCAAGUCUGUGUUUAAAGAGCUGGAGAAGAGAGGAGUAGCUUGUGACAUGCGAGAACCAAAUGCUCUUCGCGUUGCCCCAGUUCCUCUCUACAAUUCUUUCCAUGAUGUGCACAGAUUUAUUGAAAUCCUGGGAUCUGCAAUUACAUCUUCAAAACAAACAGCAAACAAUACUGUGCUAUCUGGUUCUUAUUGA